AUGGUGGCCACCGCUCCCCUCAGUGAAACCCGCUUCCCCGAACAAGGCCAACUGGAGGAAGUGGGUGCUGGCUGCACCUUCUUCUGGAGCGGCUGCCCAAAGGUUGAUCUACGAGACACCGACGCCGCCCUCGAAGUCCAGAAUGACAUUGUGAGACGACUGUCCUGUCUGCCACUGACCAUCGACCGACUGAUGACCCUGCGCCUGUCUGUUCGGAAAUCCAAAUUCGCCAUCAUCGUCAGUGUCUACGUCUCCCCUUACCCGCAGCGACCAGCUCUAACGAGGCAAAGACCAAGUUCUACGAAGAUCUGCAGGCUCUCCUGGCAAGUGUGCGGACGGCAGGAAAGCUGGUUGUCCUUGGUGACUUCAGUGCCCGCAUCGAGACACUGUGCCGCCUAGAGGUAAGUGCUGCGUGCCCACGAAAUCACCGGCUACACCGACAAAGGUCUGCUCCUGCGAACCUUCGCAGAAUACCGCAUCCUUCUGACCAACACCUUCCGCCUGCCGACGCGGAAGGCGACCCGGGGUGCACCCCUAAACGCGAUGCUGGCAGCUGUUGGGAGCACCGACUGCGGGAGGUGCAGGACGUCUAA